AUGGGCAAAUGGCGCUAUGGUGUUGUCCUGGACGCAGGCUCGUCUGGGACUCGCGUACACGUUUACCAGUGGCUACGCAAUCCGAUCGCACGCCAGAAAGCUGGCCCGGAGGAGUUGAAAUCGUUACCAGAGAUCAAAACGAAGGAGGCCUGGACGAAGAAGAUACGACCUGGUGUUUCUUCGUUCGCCCACAAACCUGAAUUGAUUGGACCCGAUCACCUCGCAGAACUAUUGGACCACGCUAAGAGCAUCAUUCCAGCUGAAGAUGCUAAGGAUACCCCGAUCUUCCUCCUUGCAACUGCGGGCAUGCGCCUGCUGGGAAACCUCGAGCGACAAAUACUUUUGGAUCAGAUUUGCUCUUUUGCCCGUCACAACUCAGAUUUCCUGCUGCCAGAUUGCGGGGCUCACAUCCAGGUGAUCCCCGGCGUGACUGAGGGAUUAUAUGGAUGGAUUGCGACGAACUAUCUCAUGGGGGCCUUUGACGCGCCGGAAAAACACGACCAUGGGAAGGGACAUAACACCUACGGGUUCCUAGAUAUGGGAGGCGCGUCAGCUCAGAUUGCGUUUGCGCCGAAUGCUACAGAAGCCGAGAAACAUGCCGAAGACCUAAAACUGUUGCGGUUGCGGAAUAUUGAUGGGUCGACCCAAGAGCACAGAGUAUUUGUCACCUCGUGGCUGGAAUUUGGGGUUCACGAAGCCCGAAGACGCUAUCUUGAGGCUAUGCAAACGGCAGCUGGGCCGAGUGUGAAAGAGUUGCCUGAUCCUUGUCUUCCAAGUGGGCUGCGGACCGCACUUGACGGCAAAGAUGUAUCAGGAAAUGAGGUGGAACCGUAUCUAUUGGGCACGGGAAAAUUCGACGAAUGUCUUCGCCAGACAUUCCCAUUGCUGGACAAGGAUGCCCCUUGUGCAGAUGAUCCAUGCCUGCUAAACGGGAUUCACGUUCCAGCUAUUGACUUUGAUGUCAACCAUUUCAUCGGAAUAAGCGAAUACUGGCACACCACUCACGAAAUCUUCGAGAUGGGACACAAAGAUAAAGCGUACGAUUUCAACACGUAUCAAGAACGAGUAGACUCGUUCUGCUCUCAGGACUGGGACUCGAUUGAGCGUGGACUCGAAAAGCAUAAAUGGGGAAAGAAGAUUGAUCGGCAAAAGGCCCACGAGGUUUGCUUCAAGGCAUCAUGGAUCAUCAAUAUGCUACAUGAUGGCAUCGGAGUACCUCGCAUAGGGUUGGAGGACACAACUAGCUCUACGCACAACGGCACCAAAGAAGUCCUGGCUCACGGAAAAGAAAAGGGUUAUCUCGAUGCUUUCCAGGCGGUCAACAAGAUUGACUCGACCGAAGUGAGCUGGACUCUGGGCAAGAUCGUCUUGUAUGCGUCUUCUCAGGUGCCCUUGGACAUCGAGCAAGCUCUUCCAGUGGGCUUUGGCAGCAACGUUCAGGGUAUCCCGGACGACUUCCAGUAUCCUAGCGUUCAGCUGCUACCAGAUGCAGACGGCUUCCACAGUGAGCAUUGGCACGAUGCACUUUUCGACGGCGAUUCUCCGCGCCGGAUCCCAGGCUUUGUCCUCUUCAUGCUCAUUAUUGUCAUGGCCGGUUUCUUCUUAUGCGGACGUAGCCGUCGGUCGCGGGUCUUCAACCAUGUCAGUAAUGUGCUGCGUCGCGGGGGCCCAUCCCAUCCCAAUCAUCCGAAGAAACGCAAGGGAAUCAAGAAAAUACUACCAUUCCUUGGCCGAAGCGCCACUUAUGAGCGCGUCCUUGAGGACGGUGCUCAAGAAUACGAUCUCGGUACGAUUGAGUCCGACGGCAGCGAGGAUGGUGGACGUCUGUCCGAGGCGGGCUCGGCCAAAUUGGGACCGCCCAAGCGAGCGUCGAGCUGGGGCAGCAACAGCAAUACCCCCAGCUUCAAAUACGCGCUCGACAAUACUUCGACCGGAACCAUUGGGCUUGGGAUCAGCGGGGGCAGUAACGGUUCGGGCAUCGCGAUGGAUCGAGCAGGCUUGGUGGUUAGGACAGAGAGCAGGGACCAUCUGGCUCCCAUCGCCCUAGGCCCUACUACCAAUGGCCGUCGAUCAAGAACCGGCAGUCCGACAAGAUCUCACGGCCAAAAAUCACCCAGCAUGACGCCCCUGGCAGACGACUGA